AUGGCAGAAGCCAGCUCCUCCAAAGCUUCUGGUUCAGCAGGCGAAGGCCCAGACACGAUUGAUGCUCGAGAACAUGAGCGUCUGCUACCUAUAGCCAAUGUAGCAAGAAUCAUGAAGAGAGCUCUACCUGAAAAUGCUAAAAUCGCCAAGGACGGGAAGGAAUGUGUUCAAGAAUGUGUAUCUGAAUUCAUUUCGUUUAUUACAUCUGAAGCUGCUGAUCGAUGUCAACAAGAAAAGCGCAAGACAAUCAAUGGGGAUGAUGUGUUGUGGGCCAUGCAGUCAUUAGGAUUUGAGAAUUAUCGAGAGACUUUGUCGAUAUAUUUGCACAAGUAUCGUGAGUCUGCUAAAAUUGAAAAGGCAGCAACAGCUGCUCCACCAGCCAAUAUGACACCACCGCCUCAAAUACAACAGCACGAUCCACAUUAUCAACUGCAGGAGAAUGAAGUCUUUUAUGAAUGA